UUUGACGCCGGAAGUGGAAGCCUCUCUACAAGCUGGAGGCGCUGCCCUAGUGCCAGGGCUUUCCUAGAUCUAUGUCUGAGCCCUGGCCUUUCUCUUCAGACUGCUGUUGCUUCUUCACUCGAGGGUCCGAGUCCUGGAAAAGGGGUCAAGGGAAAGCACUGUCCAUAUGAAUGAUCCCAGCCCUGUCCUUCCAACACCUUUUUCAAGUCCUUGCAUCCAUUUGCCAUAAGAAGAUAUGAGUGGCUCCAAACCUGACAUUCUUUGGGCUCCACACCAUGUGGAUAGGUUUGUCGUGUGCGAUUCAGAACUCAGUCUCUACCACAUUGAAUCUGCUGUAAGUUCAGAACUGAAAGCAGGUUCUCUGCGUUUAUCUGAAGAAACAACAGCCACUCUAUUGUCUAUCAAUUCAGACACUCCAUAUCUGAAAUGUGUAGCUUGGUAUCCCAAGUACGACCCUGAAUGUCUUCUGGCAGUUGGGCAGGCCAACGGCCGAGUCGUGCUUGCCAGUCUCGGCCAGGAUCACAAUUCAAAGUGCAAGGAUUUGAUAGGAAAAGAGUUUGUUCCUAAACAUGCUCGACAAUGUAACACUCUUGCGUGGAAUCCAUUGGACAGUAACUGGCUUGCUGCUGGCCUGGAUAAACACCGAGCUGACUUUUCAGUACUGAUCUGGGACAUUAGUAGCAAAUACACUCCAGAAACUCCAGUUAGCACUGAGAAAGUCAAGCUGUCAGCAGGAGAUACUGAAGCAGGACUGGUUGUAACCAAACCGCUUUAUGAAUUAGGACAGAACGAUGCUUGCCUUUCUCUUUGUUGGCUUCCAAGGGAUCAGAAACUCCUUUUGGCUGGAAUGCACCGAAACCUGGCUAUCUUUGACCUUCGGAAUACAAGUCAGAAAAUGUUUGUGAAUACUAAGGCUGUUCAGGGAGUAACUGUUGAUCCGUUCUUCCAUGAUCGUGUCGCUUCCUUCUAUGAAGGUCAAGUGGCCAUAUGGGACCUGAGAAAAUUUGAAAAGCCUGUGUUAACCCUAAUGGAACAACCCAAGCCUUUAACCAAAGUAGCAUGGUGUCCUACCAGGACUGGACUACUGGCUACUUUAACCAGGGAUAGUAAUAUUAUCAAGCUGUAUGAUAUGCAGCACACUCCAACGCCAAUUGGGGACGAAACUGAACCUACAAUCAUUGAAAGAAGUGUGCAGCCUUGUGAACACUACAUCGCUUCUUUUGCAUGGCAUCCUACAAAUCAAAAUCGCAUGGUAGUUGUGACACCCAACCGGACGAUGUCUGACUUCACAGUGUUUGAAAGGAUCUCUUUGGCAUGGAGCCCAGUGACCUCAUUAACGUGGGCCUGCGGGAGGCAUUUAUAUGAGUGCACAGAGGAAGGAGAGGGAAGUUCCUCAGAAAAAGACAUUGCCACCAAAAUGCGCCUAAGAGCUUUAUCCAGGUAUGGUCUUGACACAGAACAGGUCUGGAGAAACCAUGUUCUAGCUGGAAAUGAAGACCCACAGCUGAAGUCGCUUUGGUACACUCUGCACUUUAUGAAGCAGUAUAAUGAUGAUAUGGAUCAGAAAUGCACAGGCAAUAAAGGAACCUUAGUUUAUGCUGGCAUCAAAUCCAUUGUGAAAACAUCUAUGGGAACAACAGAGAAUCUCAGACACAGCAGGAGUGGAUCUGACAGGCAGUCAGAUAUUAUUCAGUAUCUGAGUGAGGAAAGGUCAUUGGCUUUGCAGCUUUGUGGGUGGAUAAAGAAAGGCACCGUUUUGGAUGUUGAACCCUUUCUACACUCUUUGGAACAAGAAGGAGACUGGGAACGAGCUGCUGCUAUAGCCCUGUUCAAUUUGGACAUCCGGCGAGCGAUACAGAUACUGAACAAAGGAGCUUCUUCCGGGAAAGGUGAUCUAAAUCUCAAUGUCGUGGCCAUGGCGCUAUCAGGCUAUACUGAUGAAAAGAACUCCUUGUGGAGGGAGAUGUGUAGCACUCUAAGGUUACAGCUCAACAACCCCUACCUGUGUGCCAUGUUUGCUUUUCUGACAAGUGAAUCCGGUUCUUAUGAUGGGGUUUUGUAUGAAAGUAAUGUAGCUGUCCGAGACAGAGUGGCAUUUGCUUGCAAAUUUCUGACUGAUGCCCAGUUGAAUAGAUUCAUUGAAAAAUUAACAAAUGAAAUGAAAGAGGCUGGAAACCUUGAAGGGAUCCUACUGACAGGACUCACAAAGGAUGGAGUGGACUUAAUGGAAAGUUAUGUCGACAGGACGGGAGAUGUUCAGACAGCAAGCUACUGUAUGCUACAGGGUUCUCCUUCUGAUGUACUUAAAGAUGAACGGGUUCAAUAUUGGAUUGAAAACUACCGAAAUCUCUUAGAUGCAUGGAGGUUUUGGCAUAAACGGGCAGAAUUCGACAUCCACCGAAGUAAACUGGAUCCCAGUUCAAAACCUUUAGCACAGGUUUUUGUAAGUUGCAACUUUUGCGGAAAAUCCAUCUCCUACAGCUGCUCAAGCAUUCCCCACCAAGGCCGAGGCUUCAGUCAAUAUGGUGUCAGUGGAUCCCCAACCAAAUCAAAAGUCACAAGCUGCCCUGGUUGCCGCAAACCUCUUCCUCGCUGUGCUCUUUGCCUAAUAAAUAUGGGCACUCCAGUUUCUAGCUGCCCAGGAGGAUCUAAGUCAGAUGAAAAGGUGGAUCUCAGCAAGGACAAGAAAUUAGCUCAAUUCAACAACUGGUUUACUUGGUGUCACAACUGUAGGCAUGGUGGUCAUGCUGGACACAUGCUUAGCUGGUUCAGGGAUCACACUGAAUGCCCUGUUUCUGCAUGUUCAUGUAAAUGUAUGCAGCUGGAUACCACUGGGAACCUCAUCCCAGCUGAGAUGGUCCAGCCAUAAAAUGCCAGUGCAUUUCAGAACUGGAGUUCUUUAGAUCCAUAUCUGUCACAAUUGAAACAGGCACCACUUACUAUUUUCCAAGAACUGAGAAAUAAAUUAUUUUACAUAUCAGCAAUUUUGUGUGGAUGGUUCUGAUGUGGUUUACACGAGCAUGUCCUACUGGAUGGAGUCUCCAGCUGUGCGAUGUGGACUGUGUUCAGUGAGUUAUGAAGAAACUCAUUUUUGAAGUAUUUAUAGAGGACUUCAUUGAAAUAGAAAACACUCACAAGGAGACAUCAAGCAUCACACUGUUCCAGAUCUCAAAGCUUCCAUCUAAGAAAUCUUAAUGUUUUGGAGUGUUCUGUGUACAUUACAAACUUUUUUUUUACAAAUGUCUUGAGUUGUGCUGGCCAUUUGUUACGGGCAAUUUUUUGCCAGCCUUUUCUUGCUUAGAGAUAUAACACAAUAGAGUUCUUGUAUAAAGUUUGCUCACCCUGCAGGGUGACAUUCCUAAGACAAUCUAUGAGUGAAUUAAGGCAUUGUGUUAAUUUGUAUGAAUUGUGAGGUUCCUAUUUGAAUGAGUAAAAGUUCCUAAUGAAAAGUUAAUGGAUUUCACAGUGACCAGAAAUACCCAGGAUUUUAAAAAAUUGGGGCUAGCCUAUAAAA